CCUAGAGGGCUAUUCCAAUUCAAAACAAAGGAAAUCAUGGUGGCAUUUAUGAUGCUAUUCCUUUGAUGCUAUUCCUUUAAACAUCUUUGGGUGGCAUGAGAUACUACAAAUGUCUCAAGGAUCUCGGUGUCAAUCCGUGGCCUUAUUUGGGCUUGGGUCUCACAUUGAUCGUCUUUAUCCACCCUGGCCGUUUUUCGGUGAGCUUUGACCAUCAUGUGAUUCAGGAGGAGGAUCUCAUCCCAUCUUUGGUUGCCUUGCCCGAUGAGGGCCAAGUUCAAUCCAAAUGCCCACUCAAUCUGGAGCAUCUCGCUCAUCCUGGCUUCAAGUCCUUCCCUGUUGAGCAAGGAGGGGGCUGGAAUCCUCCAGACUGUAUCCCGCGAUUUCAUUCAGUUCUGGUCAUUCCCUAUCGAGAUCGUCCGGAAAAUCUCCAGCAGUUUCUGGCAUUUAUGCAUCCUUUCUUACAACGUCAGAACUUGUCUUACGAUAUAUUUGUCAUCGAGCAAGCGCCGGGCAUGGCCUUCAAUCGGGCCAAAUUAUUCAACAUCGGGUUCCGAGAGGCCUUGAAAGCCACAUCCGAGGCUUAUUGCUUCAUUUUCCACGACGUCGAUCUCUUACCCAUGGAUCGUCGAAAUAUUUAUGCUUGCACGAGACAACCUCGACACAUGACCUCUCAUUUGGACAAGUUCCGAUACAACUUACCCUAUCCCCAGUUAUUUGGAGGAGGUAUUGCCAUACUUAAAGACCAGUUCCAGGCUGUGAAUGGAUUCUCCAAUCGUUUCUUCGGUUGGGGUGGCGAGGACGAUGAUCUGAGCCAGAAUCGGGUGUUGGCCUCGGGUUAUCAGAUCUGUCGUUUUCCAUCGGACAUCAAUCGCUAUCAGAUGUUGUCACAUAGACCAGCCCCCAGGAUGGCGGACAAUUAUCGGAAAUUCAAGGCGGCAGGUGGAUCCGAUCACGAUGGAAUGAUCUUAUCGCGAGACGGUCUGAGCGAUCUCAUGUAUACGGUCUUGGCUCGAACUAGAGAGGAGUUGUACACCAAAAUCCUGGUCGACCUGUCCACAUCAAUGCAAUAAUGCAGUAUUUAAUAUAUAUAUAUACAUACAUAUAUACUCUCAAUCGCUACUA